CUAAAACCUCAAAAAAAAAAAGCUCCAAACACAAGGCAAAAAGGGGUUGUUGUACAUCGUUGUUGUUUCCUGUAACAUUCUUUUUUUUAAAGAAAUCUUGUAACGGUAGAAGGAUACAGGGCAUAACGUUGAAACGAACAUAUCUUCGAUACUAAAACCGACGCCGACGAGGAGGAGGGGUGUAGGUUUUCAAUGGCUUUCACAUGGGCCUUUGCGCUUAGGAUCUUUCUUCUUCUCCUUCUUCUCGCUGCUUUUGUUUAUGCUUGUUUCACGCUCCCUAUGGAAGCGAUUCUGCAGGAUUUUUUGCUAUGGGUUGAUAAUGAUCUUGGACCUUGGGGUCCACUUGUGCUGACUGUCGCUUAUAUUCCUCUGACAAUCUUGGCUGUUCCAGCUUCAGUCCUUACUCUCGGUGGUGGUUAUCUUUUUGGAUUGCUUGUGGGCUUCAUUGCAGAUUCUGUUGGUUCAACUCUUGGUGCAGGAGCAGCGUUCCUUCUAGGCAAAACAAUUGGGAAAUCAUUGGUUGUUUCGAAGCUUAAUGAUUAUCCUCAGUUCCGGUUAGUAGCAAUUGCAAUACAGAGAUCUGGCUUUAAGAUUGUUUUGCUGCUUCGACUUGCACCUUUAGUCCCUUUCAGUGUGUUGAAUUAUCUGUUGUCUGUGACCCCCAUCUCAUUUGGAGAAUACAUGCUGGCUUCCUGGUUAGGGAUGGUGCCAAUAACUCUUGCUUUGGUUUACGUCGGAACAACAGUUAAGGAUCUUUCAUAUGUGACACAUGGGUGGAAUGAGUUUUCAACCACUCAUUGGGCAUUUCUUAUAGCGAGCCUUGUUGUGUCUGUGGUUUUAAUGGUUUGUGUGACUAAAGUCGCAAAAACGGCUCUAGACAAAGCGUUGGCUGAAGGUGAGGAUGUAGAUUGCAUCGUAGGCUCAACGCCAGAAUUGCCCGGUUUUUGCGAAGAACCCGUGGAUCUUCGCCGGCCUUUUAUAAUAAAGGUAGACCCUUGCGACAGCAGCACUUGUGGAAAGUAAAACCUGAUAUAUCAGCUGUAAAUUGUUCUCCCUACCGCAUUAUCAUUGGUAUUGCUUUGGCAUAUCAUUUGGUGCUUUGUACAUAUAGCCAUAGUAACAGAACUUUAGCUCUCUACAGAAAUAGAUGGUCACUGAUAAUAUGUUUGGUGAUUGAAAAUCCAAUGGAAACAGCUGUUUUUCUCUU